AUGGCUGAAUUUCCUUAUGUUCAUACUUCCGUAUGGAGCCUAACAUUGCACUGGCUUCUGGUCGUUGCAAUUGCGCUCUCUUACAUACCACAAUAUAUCCGCAUCAAGACUCGCCAAAGCACUCGAGGAAUUUCGCCUUUCUUCGUCUUGUUCCGGUCCAUGAGUGCCACCUGUGUUCUAGCAAUGUUUUUGCCGCAAGCAGCUUCACGCGAGCUGUUGCAUAUUUGUCAGAUCCAUGACAAGGGGGUGAUCUCUGCCGGCCGGUGUCUACUGCAGAUGACUGACCACUGGCAGUUGGUCGCUGACUGGAUCGGGGCUCAGUGUUUUCUUUUCAUAUACCUCUAUUACCAGAAUUACGGCAACUCUUCCCACUCCAGUACUCAAUCUCCAAAACUAACCCAGGAAGUGGUGGGAGAAAGAGGAGAAGAGGAGGGAGAGGAGGAAGGAGAGGAAGGAGAACAUUUUCCUCAACCAUCCCGGACUCUCAUAUCCAAAGUGACCGCAAUCAGUAUCGGGUUGUAUUCGGUCUUGUUACCCUCCACGGUCUUCUCUAUUGACACUCGGAUACCAGAUUUAGAUUUCACUAUCACCAUCGCUUCUGUCUAUUGGCUAUUGGGAAUGACUAUUCUCUCGGCCAUCCUCUCUCUCAUCUGUUAUAUGCCCCAGUUGUACCCCUGCAUGAAAAGUCUCUUCCGAGGAAAUACAGGAGCAGAAGAAGGAAAAGAAGAAGAAGAACGGCCGCAUUCCCUCAGUCCGUGGACGACGGGGAUACAGAGCAUUGUGUACAUUCUACUGUUCGUGGCUCACAUUGUUCGGUACUGGGAUGUUAACGAUUUUGGAGAUUUCGGAGAUAGACUGGACUUGAACUAUGUACUUGCGAUGUAUUCUCUGCUUUUUUGUGUCUGGAUCCAUCUUGUCAUCGUGGCAUUGCAGCAGGGGUUGUUGCUGAGCUUGUGGGGCUAUUUUUAUUAUCGUGAUUCUUAUCGUUCUGCAACCCGGAAGAGAGCCGAUAAUAAUCCACAUACAACACAGGUGUCUGGAGCUGGACCCGAUGAUAGUGGCGAAGGUGAUGGCGACGGGGAUAUUGCUGACGAACGGACACCUCUACUGUCCUGA